AUGGCCCACGCUAACGUUUGGAACUCUCACCCCAAGACCUUCGGUAAAGGCUCUCGUGCCUGUAGAGUCUGUUGUCAUCGUGCCGGUCUCAUCCGCAAGUACAACCUCAACAUCUGUCGUCAAUGUUUCCGUGAAUAUGCCAGUGAUAUUGGUUUCAACAAGUUCCGUUAA